AUGACUAGCAGAGCGGAGCCGCUGUCCAUCGAGUCGCUGCUGCAGGAAACAGAAAGAAGAGAAAGAGGCAGCUGCAAAGAGCGUGCCAACCUUGCCAUUGCCAGACGGGCUGCUGAACUCAAGGAGCAACGAGAAAGAGAAGAGAGGGCGAAGCGAGAAAAGGAGGCGCUUGAGCGUGAAGCAGAGGAAAUCCGGCAGCGUGAAAGAGAACGCGAGCGUGCAACUAGAUAUGGGGGUGGUAACGCUCGACCUGAUGACGGCGAUCGCUACGGUCACCCGGACAAAGACAGUCGCUACGGACGACGGGAUGGAAGAGGCAAGGAUGACCGCCGCCCCCCACCCCAGCAGCCCAAGAACGGCUUCGAAAAUGUACCUACUGGUCCACGGGCAGAUCGUCUAAAAUCCUCCAACGCUACGCCUUCGAACUCUACACCGACGUCCACACCCGCACCCCAUCCCCCGGCAAGCGUUCAAAGCGAGGUCCUUCACGAGUCAACCAAAACGUUCGUUCCUCCCAUGACCGAAUCCGACCUCUCGGCUGUCCGAGAUCGUUACCUUGGCGUUACCACCAAAAAACGCAAGAUUCGUAAGAUGAAUGACAGAAAGUUUGUUUUUGACUGGGCAGAAGAGGAAGAUACUCUUGCUGUAGAUUCACCUAUUGCCGUUGGAGCGAGCAGACAGGGUGCGCAGGUGAUGUUUGGCCGCGGACGAGUGGGUGGAAUGGACGAUGGAGGUGCUUCGAUGCCCGGCAGAGCAGGUCACGCAAAUUUGGUCGAUGCGAUAGAGCGAAGGAAAGCAGCCAAGAGUGGCCUUGAUGAACGACAUUGGUCAGAGAAACCGCUUCAUGAAAUGAAAGAUAGGGACUGGCGGAUAUUCAGAGAGGACUUCAGCAUCGCUGGCCGGGGUGGAUCCAUACCUCACCCGCUCCGGUCUUGGGCGGAGUCGAGUAUCCCUCAAAUCAUUUUAGAUGUUAUUGAAAAGAUAGGUUAUAAAGAACCUUCUCCUAUCCAACGGCAAGCCAUUCCGAUUGGACUUCAGAACAGGGACAUUAUCGGCAUCGCCGAGACUGGCUCUGGAAAGACUGCCGCAUUCGUCAUACCGAUGCUCACGUUUAUAUCUAAACUACCCCCUUUUACUGAUGACAACCGCCACCUUGGGCCGUACGCGCUAAUACUUGCUCCCACUCGUGAGUUGGCACAACAAAUCGAGGCGGAAACACGCAAGUUUGCGGGACCGUUGGGGUUCCGGUGCGUUUCCAUAGUUGGUGGUCGUGCCAUGGAGGAGCAACAAUUUAAUCUUCGUGAGGGUGCCGAAAUCAUCAUCGCCACGCCAGGUCGUCUGAAGGAUGUUAUUGAGCGGCAUGUCAUUGUUCUUUCUCAGUGUCGCUAUAUUGUCAUGGAUGAAGCUGAUCGGAUGGUGCAUCUCGGUUUCGAGGCGGACUUACUCUUCAUCCUUGAUAAACUUCCAUCUGGAGCAUUGGAAGGAGAGGAAACUAACUGGCAGGAGGAUGCAAUGGAUGUAGAUGGUGAAGAUGGAAGCGCGAAGAACAAAGGUCGUACGAGAGUAACGACAUUGUUCUCGGCGACUAUGCCUCCGGCUGUCGAGCGUCUAGCAAGAAAGUAUUUGAAGCGGCCAGCAACCAUUACGAUCGGUGAGGCCGGGCGGGCCGUCGACACUGUCGAGCAACGUGUUGAGUUUGUCAUCGGGGACGAGAAAAAGAGGCAACGCGUGCUAGAAAUCCUCAACAGCGGAAUUUACCCUUCGCCUAUCAUCGUCUUCGUCAACCAAAAGAAGACGGCGGACAUGGUUGCGAAGGAGUUGUCCCGCGGAGGCUGGUCUACGGCUACCUUGCACUCAGGCAAAACUCAAGAACAGCGCGAGGCUUCGUUGCAAUCUCUCCGUUCUGGGGAUGCGGAUGUUCUUGUGGCCACUGACCUUGCCGGACGUGGUAUAGACGUGCAGGACGUAAGUCUGGUCAUCAACUAUCAGAUGGCAGGCACGAUCGAGGCGUAUGUGCAUCGCAUUGGUCGUACUGGUCGUGCUGGGAAGCAAGGAACUGCGAUCACAUUCCUGACGAAUGAUGAUGACGAGGUUAUGUACGAUCUCAAGCAAGAAAUUGCGAAGUCACCGGUGUCCAAGGUCCCACCAGAGCUCGCGCGUCACGAGGCUGCACAGCACAAGGUGUCUCGAGAGAUGAAGCGGAAGCGGGAGGCGGAAGACCUCGGGUGAGGUGUUCGGUACGUAACGUUUGUGUGGGGUACUUGUGGAAAUGUGGGUGGACAGUUGUGUUAUAUUUAUGCACUUAUACAUAGGCACUAUAUGUGGACAGGGGUGGAAUUGACAGGUUCGUCUUUUGUCAUCUGUUAACAGAUGUAUUGAUGCUUGAUGGGUACACAGUUAUCUGAGCGUAUUCCAUGUUCAAAUGAGGG